UACGUGGAAUAAAAAAUUUAUGCUAGCGAUAUCAAUUGCAGACCAUUUCAAGUCGCAAACACCAAAAUGUAUCCCACUCCCCACCAAAAUAAGAACUAGAUAAAGAGCAACUCUCACUUUGAGCUAGCUGAUGGAUGGGGAAGAAGCCGCAAAGCCUUACCCAAAAGGACGAGUUCAGUCUACUCAACCAAGCUCAUUAUAGGCGUCUUUCUACUGCUUAUUGUAGGUCUUCUUCUUCGCCCUCUGCUGCUUCGUGGAAAUGGAGAGGAAUGGUACUUGGUACCAACCAAGUUCGGAAUCCCUCCAAUAUAACGAACACUCUUGCCUCAAAGCUCCGAGACUCGGUUACUUUCCUCCCCUUGAAAGAUCUCAGAUAUGCUGAAAAAGCUAUGACAGGGAACACGUGGUUUAUGAGCUCCUUGAAUGAUACCUACGAGAAAACCGAAGCAGAGCACCUGUACUUCCCUUCACAAACAUCCAAGGGAAGACUUCCGUGCAUUAAGGGUCACAACUCUGCCGGUGGCUCCAAAAAUUCGUACGCCCUGGCAUGGCCAGAAAGUCUUCCGGAAUCUGCAGUGUUCAUGAAGGGCUUGACCUUUGUGUCAGACACUAUGACUAUGUAAAUUUAUGGCAUGGGAUGUGCGCUGUGGCUCCAUUUGUUGGUUGGCCCAUAAAAAAUGGCUGCUUGAGACCAACAAGAUGGGUGCUGUUUCAUUGGGGUGAGCUCAGGCAUAGAAUGGGAUCAUGGCUUCAGAACCUAAUGCAAGCAAACUUUAGGGAAGUUCCGGUCGAAGAACUCAAGAAUGGUGAUGGACCUUACUGUUUCGAGAAGGCAGUGGUGAUGAGACAUAAUUUGGGGAGCAUGGGGAAGGAGAAGAGGCUUCAGGUUUUCGAUUUAUUGAGAUGUAAAGCAAGAGGUUUUUGCAGCAUAAACCCGGUUGGUAGGGAAAGAGAAGUCAAUGAAAAAUGGGAGCCAAUCAUAAGGCUAACUUUGCUAAUGAGGAGAGGUUCGAGAUCAUUCAAGAAUGCAACUGCGGUGAUCGACAUAUUCGCUAGGGAGUGUGCAAGGGUGGAGGGAUGCUUGCUGAAGGUAGCUCAGUCAGAAGAUCUAAGCUUCUGUGACCAGGUGAGAGUUAUGAGUCAUCGUUGCAUCGCCUCAUGGAGCUCAGCUAACAAAUAUGCUCUUCAUGGAUAGAAGUAGCAGCAUAAUGGAAUUUUCCCCCAAAGAUGGUUGGAACACGCAGGCAUAGGCCAGUAUGUACAUCACUGGAUGGCAGAUCUAUCUGGGAUGAAACACCAGGGUGCCUGGUGUGAACCAAAAGGCGAAAAGCAAUGCCCAUUUCCCCAACAAGGUCCGAGCUGCUUUGACUUCUACAAAAAUGGACGAGUUGGUCACAACGAAACCUUCUUUGAAGAGUGGACAAGAAACGUACUCAAACAAGUCAGACUAAGCAAGUUGGAUCAAGCCACCAAGAUUGCACCACUGAAAUCAAGCGCUUGUCUUUGCUAGUUGUCAUUUCCCGUCUUACAGACUUGAGGAGUACUCAAUUGUGACAUUGGUUUCUUUUGAUUUAGAGAUCAAACGAUUCCUUCUAUGUGAAAAAUAUAGAGACGAUUGUAAGAAUAAUAAAAAUCAUUUUUCAGCAUUAGACAACCGAUAAAAAGU